AUGCUCAUCGAGGAGCUGUUAUGCUUGCCGGUGAAAUGUGAAAUUCAACUAGAACGUUUUUGUGCGUCAGAACAAGAACGUUUUAAACGUGAACAGGAAGAAUUUGAACAAGAACUAGCUGAACAACGAAAACAGCGAGACAUGGCGAAAAACCAGCGACGUCGUCAAGAAAGAGAACGUAAAGAAGACUUUACCGAUGAGGAAACUAAAGUCGCGGAUACAUCAGAAAGUGAUGAAAGUUUAACAUGCUAUCCGAGUGACGAAUUGACAGUCCUAAGACCACCGGUGAUUAUACCAGCAGAUGAUGUUGACAUUCAUACAGAAGACCACGUAGACUCCUGUUUUGCGUCACUAAAUGAAGAAGUAAAUUAUCAGAAGAAAUAUGAUGACGUAACAACAGAAUUAGUGACAUUGCGCAAAAAAAAAUCGGUUGAACAAUUCCUAUCAUUUUUGGUGCCCAUUUCAACAAAUACCAUGUCAUUUUAUCCCAAAACUUUUCGUCUGAUGUCAAAGUCCUUGGCAAAAGCUCAUAUAUAG